AUGCGGACCGAUAGGGUGAAGAUUCCAGAGAACGUGGUCAGACCCGGCAAGUCUGACCGUUCACAGAACACUCGCAGUGGCACAGACAAGACAGACAUUAUGCGGCUAAUUAUCAGAGACGACCCGAAAGCUGCAUCGCAAUACAUCGCCGACUAUGUCAUUGAGCGCAUCAAGGCCUUCAACCCUACACCUGAGAGACCUUUUGUCCUAGGGUUGCCUACUGGCAGCAGUCCUGUCCUGAUCUACGAGCAUCUUGUCAAGCGCCACAAAGCGGGCCAAGUCUCCUUCCGCAAUGUGAUCACGUUCAACAUGGACGAAUAUGUCGGCAUUCCACGAGACCAUCCCGAAAGCUAUCAUAGCUUCAUGUACAAGCACUUCUUCUCACAUGUCGACGUAAAGCCUGACAACAUCAACAUUCUCAACGGUAACGCGCCCGACCUAGAAGCUGAGUGCCAUGAUUAUGAAGAAAAGAUACAACGUGCGGGCGGUAUCGAGCUGUUCCUAGGUGGUAUCGGGCCAGAUGGACACAUUGCCUUCAAUGAGCCAGGAUCCAGCCUCAAGUCUCGGACUCGCGUGAAGACCCUGGCAUACGACACCAUUCUGGCGAACUCGAGGUUCUUCGGGAACAAUCUGGAUCAAGUGCCGAGAAUGGCAUUGACAGUUGGAGUUCAGACUGUGCUGGAUGCACGCGAAGUAGUCAUUAUAAUAACGGGCGCACACAAGGCGCUAGCGCUUCAGAGGUGCAUCGAAGGUGGUGUGAACCACAUGUGGACGCUGUCCAGUCUGCAGAUGCACGCCCACCCAAUGAUUGUGGUUGACGAAGACGCUACCUUGGAGCUGCAGGUCAAGACGGUCAAGUACUUCAAGAGCAUCGAGAUGGUAGGAGACGAACUGGGAAUGCGCCAGAAGCUCCCCAGAAAGCGCGACUCGCUUAUGGACGAGGGUACCUUGCUAGCCCCUGACCAAGAGAACGGUAUCAGGUUGACUGUGCCGCAAUUUGAUCUCUCUCGUUCAGCGAGUCCAGUCCUGGAACCAAUGAGCGCUCGCAUCACCGACGAGGAGGCCAGUGUAUUGCAUCCCGUGAGUAUGGAUGAGAUCGCAGAUCAACCCUCGGUCCGAAUGAGCGCUCGCGUCACCAGGUAG